CGCAAGGGGAUUGGAUCAGCUUUCUUAACAUUCUUCCUCUGCUUCUUCUUCCAAAAACACCUCUCUUUCAUUUCAGACUAAUCCAGAGAAAGAUGAAAAUACGGUGCAAUGCGUGCGAGGUGGCAGAGGCCGAAGUGCUGUGCUGCGCAGACGAGGCAGCCUUAUGCUGGGGAUGUGACCAGAAGAUCCACGCCGCCAACAAGUUAGCCAGUAAGCACCAGAGAGUCCCUCUCUCUUCCUCAUCGUCUCCAUUGCCCAAGUGCGACUUCUGCCAGGAGACUGUUGGUUACUUCUUCUGUCUAGAGGACCGAGCUUUACUCUGUAGGAAAUGCGACGUUGCCAUACACACAGCAAACUCCUACGUGUCUAGUCACCAAAGGUUUUUGCUUCCUGGAGUGGAAGUGGGGCUUGAAGCAACUGAACCAUGUAACUCCCCCUCUACAAAGGAAAAGUUGAGUUCUGUGGAAACAGUUUCUGAAUCAGCAUCAUCUCCAUCAAUCCCCAGAAGUGUCAUAGAUCAUUUUAGUACUGGUGAGAUAAAAGACACAAUUCCUAUGCAAAUUGGUGGCAUUGGGACUCUUGUAUCAGACAAGAUACCGUUAAACCGAAGUACCACUACCUCUGUGGGUACUAUUUCGGGGUGGCUCUUGGAAGAAUGUCUUGGAUUAACUUAUCCUAAUCAGAAUAACGGAAGCUUGGACACUAUGCCAUCAAAGGUUUAUGGAAGCUACCACGCGUGAGUUUUUCUUGACACAUCGGUUGUGGGGAUUAGUUAACGAUCAAGAUGCUUUAGAAUAUCAUGACCAGCAAGGAAGUGUUGUAUGCUGUUAAUAAUUUGGAUCUAUGUAUCAGAUAUAUCAAAGCAGUGGCAGAGGUUCCUCCGGUUGAAAUUCAUAGACCAAGUGCAUGCUUUCAAACAGCUUAGGGGGAUACAAAUGAAAGACACCCUCAAGCAUAAAUAAGGAAAGAGGGAAGAGAAGUUGUUAUGAAAUGUCAUUGCUGGGCUGUUUUCAGUUUUUAUUUUUCUUUCUGUUAAUUAUUAAGAUAACUGGUUGGGUUGGUUUAGUAGGCUUCCACACCUUGUUAAUGGUUAGUGGUAUCGAUCACUAUGUAACCCAGAUAGCAAAAAGUAAUAAUAAAUCAGUUUCAUGGUA